AACUUUUCGUAGAACAGUUGGCAUGCAGACGUUGACUUUGAAAAGGUAGUGGCGGUCGGUAAGAGUGUUAGUGUAAACAAGUUUAUUUCAUUGUAAAUUGUAUUAAAUACAUUAAUUACCAAACGAACAAAAAAAAAAUAAAUAAAUAAAUAAAAGUUAAAACAAAUCAAAUAAAAAAUAAAUAACUCAAAAUGCCUAAAAUUGAUCCUGAAACUCAAAAACUUCACGAUGAGAUUAAUGGAAUGAUUCAAAAGUUCAAGGACGAUCAAAAGGCCAAAGCUGACUGUACAUGGCAGGAAAAAUGUGGCGAUAUGGGUGAUGUACCUAAAUUACGACUCAGUUCGAAGAAGAUUCUGAAGGGUCACAUAAACAAAGUCAACUCGGUGCACUUUGCUGGCGAUUCUAGACACUGUGUCACUGGUUCAUUGGAUGGAAAACUAAUUAUAUGGGAUACGUGGACGGCAAACAAAGUUCAGGUUAUUCCUCUGCGUUCGGCAUGGGUUAUGACAGUCGCUUUUUCUCCAUCGGGCAACUUUGUCGCUUGUGGUGGUAUGGAUAAUCAGUGCACAGUUUAUGACGUAAAUAAUCGAGAUGCUUCGGGCGUCGCCAAAAUGACACGAGAACUUUUGGGUUACGAGGGUUUUUUGAGUUCAUGUCGAUUCUUAGAUGACGGACAUUUAAUAACGGGCUCGGGUGAUAUGAAAAUUUGUCAUUGGGACUUGGAGAAGGGUGUGAAAACAAUGGAUUUCAACGGGCAUGCUGGUGAUAUUGCUGGUUUAAGUCUUUCGCCCGACAUGAAGACGUAUAUAACAGGUUCAGUAGAUAAGACAGCCAAACUGUGGGAUGUACGUGAAGAUACAUACAAGCAGAUGUUCUUCGGUCACGAAAUGGACGUAAAUUCUGUUUGCUAUCAUCCUAGUGGUUUUGGGUUCGCCUCUUGCUCUGAGGACCAAACAGCGCGUCUUUACGAUAUACGAUCUGAUCAGCAAAUAGCUCAAUACGAGCCACCGCAGAAAAACACAGGCUUCACUUCGUGCGCUCUAUCAACCAGUGGUCGCUAUUUGAUGUGUUCUGGAAUUGAGGGAAAUAUUCAUGCUUGGGAUACAGUUAAAGUUUCACACAAUGCAAUGCUACAAGGCCAUGAAAAUCGCAUCACAUGCAUUGGCCUCUCACCAAAUGGAAUGUGCCUUGCAUCUACUAGCUGGGAUCAGCAAGUGCGCCUUUGGCUUUAAAUUUGAUUUAUUAACAGAAUUUUUACUCAAGCGGAAUGUAUUCGUAAGGCAGACGUGUGCAAAUUUUUCAAACUAAAAUGUAAAUGCUCAGAAAAUAGCUAAAAUUUAAAAUAAAUACUAUAGAAAAGCGCGUUUAUCAUGUAA